AUGUCCUUUACCUCCAAGAAAAUCAUUGCAAUUGUUGGCGCAACCGGCACCCAAGGAUCAUCAGUUGCCCGCACAUUUCUCGCUCUACCCAACUGGCACGUCCGAUGCCUCACGCGCAAUCCAUCUUCCGAGAAAGCACAAGAGUUAGCCCAGCUAGGUGGUGACCUAGUCGAAGCAGACCUCAACAACGAAGAUUCCCUCCGCCGAGCAUUCGCCGGCGCACACGCCAUCUUCCUCAACACUGAUUUCUGGCAACCUUACCGGAAAGCCCUGGCCUCAGGCGCUGAUGCUGUGACCAGCGCCAAGCAGGGUUACGAGGCGGAAGUCACCCACGGAGAAAACGCAGUCAAUGUUGCUGCGACAAUUCCAACAUUGGAAAGACUCGUGUACUCCGCGUUGGGUCCUAUGAAAGCUGCGUCCGGCGGAAAAUACUCCGAUUCAAACCAUUGGGAGACGAAAGCUCACAUCGUCAACUAUAUCGAGAAUCAGAAGGUGGAGUUGGCGAAGAAGACAUCAUUCAUUUAUAUUGGUGCUUAUAUCACCAAUCCGUUCCUGUACCCGAAGUCCCAAGCGGAUAGUGGGGAAUUUGUUGCUGCACUGCCGGGGAGAAAGGAAAUGCGCAUGCCUAUCAUUGACACUGCCCAGUCGACUGGUCAUUUUGUCCGGGCUUUAAUUGAAGACGAGGAGUCCGGGAUGAAGCUUUUGGCCUAUGAUGACUAUCUUUCGGUUGAGGAAAUUAUGGCUGUAUGGUCUCGUGCUCUCGGAAAACAGGUCAAUUUGAUUCAAAUGACUGUUCAGGAGAUGCAUGAGAAGACGGGUAUCCCGCUUGAGGUUCUUGGUGGUCCGGCGUUCAUUGAUGAAUAUGGCUACUGUGCUGGGAUUGAGAAUGUUGUUGAGCCUGCUCAGCUGAAGUCUUAUGGGCAGCGGACCGGAUUUGAAGAUUGGCUGAAAAAGCAGGAUGUUAGGGAGUUGCUUGGGUUGAAGGAUUCGAACCGUUGGGAUGGUUUAGUUCAGUAA